GCGUAAAGGCGGUAUCAUGAGCGGUGUACCUUCUCGACGUAUCAUCGACGUCUAAGCGAAAGAGAAAAUGCCUGAUCCUGCAAAAUCAGCCCCGGCUCCCAAAAAAGGCUCCAAGAAGGCCGUGACUAAAACCCAAAAGAAAGGAGAUAAAAAGCGCCGCAAGAGCAGGAAAGAAAGCUAUGCUAUUUACGUGUACAAGGUACUGAAGCAGGUGCAUCCAGAUACCGGGAUCUCCUCCAAGGCCAUGGGCAUAAUGAAUUCGUUUGUCAACGACAUCUUCGAGCGCAUAGCCGGGGAAGCGUCGCGCCUGGCGCACUACAACAAGAGAUCCACCAUCACUUCCAGAGAGAUCCAGACCGCCGUCCGCCUGCUGCUACCUGGCGAGCUGGCGAAGCACGCCGUGUCCGAGGGCACCAAGGCCGUGACCAAGUACACCAGCUCCAAAUAGAGGCUCUGUACGAGGAGGGGGUAACAGCCAUGAAAUCCCCACAGGGCGCAAUGUAUAUCCUCCUGCACUGUGUCGGGUGUUUACUCACCAAGACGGCGUUUGUGAUUUUGCACCAUUACCGGUUUUCGAAGAGAAGGAAUGCCAGUUGAACCCAGGCCUUAUGUUGAAUGUCUAGAGAUUUGGAACUGCAGCCUGCCAUUUUGUUUUAACUGUGUUUCAGUUUUUUUGUUUGUUUGUUUGUUUUUUGUUUUUUGAAGCUGUGUAACGUUUUUAACAAAAAUUUAAUAAAUUAAGAACGAAUGUAAA